AUGUCAGGCCAUGUGAACGCGAUGGCUCAAACCUUCAUUGACGUGCAGUCCCCAUAUCAAAGUGUUUAUUGUCAAAACCGACGCAUUCUGCAAGACGAGCUAUAA